AUGACGAAUUAAACUUAAAAAAUAUGUAUAUUCAUAUUAUCCUAUGCAGACUCUUGUUUUGUCGUGCGGAAUGUGUGCACUACUAAAUGACGUGGUACGCAAAAUAUCCGACGCUGUCUUGUUGUGGCUACAGAGAGGAGGAGCUCGGAUUAAGUUUUCAUUUAAUCCUCUCUGUAACAUAACGGUAACCCGGUUGUAAUUAGCGCCUUUUUAUGGCUCGUUUUCACUGAAUGCGGUUUACUAACAACGCAAUUCCACCCGGAAUAAUGGCAUACACGAAGAAAAGUAAGAAAAAAAAGGUUAGCUAGAUAAGUAGCUAGAUUUUGUGUAACGUCGGCUAGCUAGCUGGCGAGCUGAACGCUUAGCUAGUUUACAGUAAACAAACCCGGGUUAUUACAGUAAACAAACCCGGGUUAUUCCCGUCACCACUCGACCAUGUUAGUGAAUCCCACCCGAGGAUAUCACUGGUCAGACGCGGAGACCAGAGCACUGCUGACUAUUUGGGGUGAACACGACGUGCAAACGGCGCUGGACGGGAACUUCCGAAACAGUCACGUUUACCGCGAUGUAGCUGGUCGUUUGGGGGACAUGGGAUACGAUCGGACCCCGGAUCAAUGCCGGGUGCGAGUUAAGAGCCUGAAAAGACAAUACUUCCAGGCGAAAAAGGCCUCGAAGAAAAACGGCCACUAUGCGAAGAUCUUCAGGUUUUAUAAAGACAUGGAGAGAAUCCUGAGCACCAGGUCGUCAGCAGGGUUGGAUGCUCAUGAUUUAGACGGCGUUGGUGCUGAAGGUGACGAGACCCUGGACGGCACUGAAGAAGAUGGAGAGAGUUUGGACCAGCCGCACGAAUCUGACGUGGACGGUGCAGGAGAAUGUUCAAACAUGGAAUACCCUGUAAAGAUAGAGUACCCACCUUACCCCAUCCCAGUGACCGUGAGCAGCUGCAGUAAUGUACCGGAUAUUCCAUCAAGGCAGGUCGAAGAGCAGACCGCCACCGUGCCGUCCUCUGCAGGAAGCAGGCGGCACAAAAAGCGGUUUGCGAACCUGUCGCUGGAGAAACUUAUGGAGAAGUUCCUGGAACAGAGUUUGGAGUCAGAGGAGAACUUCUAUAGACUCGAGGAGCAGCGGCUCCAAGCUGAGGAUAUUCGCAGGGAGACGGAACACACAAGAGAGAUGCACAUGUUGCAGAUGCUGGGACAGAUGUUUGCUGGUCUCACCACACCCACGGCCACAUCGUCGUCUGCCCCUCAGUCUACUCAGAACUCAAAGAGCGGCCCGUCUGUAACUCAUGCACGUCCAUUUCGUGGCAGCCACAGCCAUCAAACCCAUCAUGUUGAUUACGACACGCCAAGUCCGCCAGCUGCUCCAGUUAUAGAGCGAACAUUUUCCCUGGGAGGGGUCGCACACAGGACCAUGGACAUCCUGCCACUGGUUAAAAAUACCAUUCCUCCGCUGACGUCUAAAAAGCACAAGGGUCAAGAUGGCCGCAUAGGAGUCAUCGGAGGAUGUCAAGAGUACACUGGAGCACCUUACUUUGCUGCCAUUUCUGCACUGAAAAUAGGUGCUGAUCUUUCCCACGUGUUCUGCACCAAAGAUGCCGCCACUGUGAUUAAAUCUUAUAGCCCUGAGCUCAUUGUUCAUCCUGUUUUAGACAGUCCCAAUGCUGUGCAGGAAAUAGAGAAAUGGCUGCCGAGGCUCCAUAGUUUGGUGGUGGGUCCUGGCUUGGGAAGAGAGGACAGACUUCUUAAUAACGCAAAGGAGGUUAUUGAAAAGUCCAAAUCAAGAGGAAUUCCAAUAGUCAUUGAUGCAGAUGGACUUUGGCUAGUUUCCAAAGAUCCAUCAGUCAUUCAGGGUUAUCAAAGAGGAAUCCUAACGCCCAAUUUCAUGGAGUUCAGUCGUCUCUAUGAGGCAAUGCACCAUCAGCCCCUGGACAGCACCGACCUCAGGCUCACUGCCCAGCAGUUGAGCAUCGCACUGGGUAAUGUGACCCUGGUUCUUAAAGGGGAAGAGGACAUCAUCACUGACGGCAGCCAGGUGAUAAGCUGCAGUCAGGAGGGAAGUGGGCGUCGCUGUGGAGGACAGGGAGAUCUGCUGUCUGGCUCUCUAGGAGUCUUCUCUCAUUGGGCUUUCAGUUCAUCGCUAAAUGCAACUGAAGGUAUUAAUCCUACACUGGUGGCUGCUUUCGGUGCUGCCUCGCUGACCAGGCAGUGUAACAAUCAAGCCUUUCUCAAGUACGGCCGUGCCACCACCACCUCUGACAUGAUCCAGGAGAUCUGCGCUGCCUUCAAGAAGCUGUUUGAAACCUGAACUUCUUUGUAAGCAUUCUAAGCUUUCAGCUUCUUCCCAGCUCGGUGCAACCACGUCUGAAGAACGGUUCAAAUGCACAGUUAAAAACAUAGUGUUUUGUUCUUCCUACGGGUUAGUUUGUCUAAAAAAUUUUUUUAGUGUCCUCCACUGUACACAUCUUCCUCUCCUGCUCAAAACAGCUCCUGUAACUGAGCUACACGGCAACACAUUUGCUUUUUUAUGUGAACAGAUGACAGUGAGAUUUACCCCAAACGUUGCUAGUUAGUCGACCUCAUGUACUAGAAAUCUGUGGCAAGACUAAAAGCAGAUGGUGCACUUAACAGUCAAUGACACAAUCUAUCCUAAACAUAAUUGUAUCACAGAACUGUUGAAUUCUAUAAUCUGAUUGUUCAGAAGGUGUUGAUUGGUUUUCUAUAACAGCAGCUCUUACAAUACAAUGCUCUUACUCUCUUCUAAUACAAUAGCUUUUCUAUAGUAAAUUGCACAGGAUCUUGUGUGCUGGAUGUUCCACACAAAUGUGUUUUUAAUCUUUUUUUUUUAAGGUGUCUAAUUGUUUACUUGUGAUUAGAGACACAGGAAAGCCUUUGCAUCAGAGGAUGUCUAUAAAAUGUCUUCUCUAAAAUGUCAUCUUAAUUUCAGCAAAGAGUGAAAAAGAAACGCUGAUGAGGGAUUGACUGCUUAUAGCUGCUAUAAGCAAUAAGAGCAACUGAUUUAUUUUCCCAACAUUAAACAUGUCUGAGCAUAAA